UGGCAGUGUGUAGAGGACCCGACUGGCAAGCUGAGGCUGUAUAAGUGUAAGGGCAUGGCAGGUCUCUUUGCUCCACGCAUGCAGGCUCUGAUGGCCAGAGGUGCCUCCCACCUCCAGAUGCCUCCCCCCUCCAACUCUGACGGCUGUAACUGCGACGAUGUGGGCUUCAAAACAUCCUUCCUGAAGAGGAAGAAGCUGCUCAACAAGAAGAAUCCCUCUGUCUCAUCUAAAUCAGAGAUGAAAUCCGGUAAGGCUGUCUCGAGGAAGCGCUGGGCCCGCUCUGUGUCCUUUGAGCUGGAAGGGGACCUGUACGCUGUAGACCUGGAGCAGGGAUACCAGCCCCUGGGCUCUAAGAAUAGCAGCUGGGCCCCACAUCAGAGCAAAGUGGAGAAUGAGGAGGAUAAUGAAGAGUUCAGUGGCAUGGGAGCCACAGCCACACCCACCACCAGCAGAACAGUCACACCACCUGCUUCUCUUAAAGUGACCUACAGGUGCUCUAUUCUUAUGAAUGACACAGUGCAAUGUGACGGAGGCCUCUACAAGUCUCUUCAAGCAUGGAAAGACCACAAACUGCACAUUGAGCAUGAGAUUGAAACCUUGCAGACCAAAAUCAAGAACCUGCGGGAUGUGAAAGGUCACCUUAAGAAGGUGCGGCCAGAGGAUUGUCAGUGUAACACUCCCAGUUAUCUCUUCAAGAAUAAAGAGGCCUACAGGCUCAAUGCAGGGCGCAUGCUCUCCGUCAAAAUGCCAUCAAAGCUAAAGAAUCAGUGGCUCCAAAAGGAGCAGAAGCGCAAGAAGAAACUACGUAAAUUCCUCAAGAGGCUCCAAAACAACGACACUUGCAGCAUGCCUGGCCUCACCUGCUUCGUCCAUGACAACCAUCAUUGGCAGACGGCCCCCUUCUGGACAAUGGGUCCGUUCUGUGCAUGCACCAGUGCCAACAACAACACGUAUUGGUGCCUGAGGACCAUCAACGACACGCACAACUUUCUGUUUUGUGAAUUUGCCACCGGUUUCCUGGAAUAUUUUGACCUCAACAGUGACCCAUACCAGCUGAUAAACGCCGUCAGCAGCCUCGACCGCAAUGCUCUGAAUGCAAUGCAUCAACAGCUCAUGGAGUUACGGGCCUGCAAGGGACACAAGCAAUGCAACCCAGAGAAGGGAGGAAAAGAGAAAAACUACUUCAGUGAAUACAGGCCAGUUCAUCGUCGAAAGAGGCCAAAAGUGAAGAAGCCUUCCUCCAAAUCGCUAGGGCAGAUCUGGGAAGGAUGGGUUGGUUAACCGCCUGCAUGCCACAACCCACCUCAUCAGCCUCCUCCUGAAGGAAGGAGAUUGAGGACCAGAGGACCUUGACCACACUUUGAUGGACCACAACCUGAGAUACUCCUUUACUCUCAUCUGGGUUUUACUCACCCAGGCAGAGGAGAUGCUGAGAAUGACAGGAAGCGCAAAGACUUUUCAAUUCCACGUUCGCACACAUUUCAUUCUCAUUAUGUUCUGUUACCCCUCAGCUGUCCAGAACAUUAACAGGGAGCUGCGAAUCAGGUUGGACAGUUUGAUGUCCACAAGCCAUUCUGUCCAACCGUACUGCUUGUACAUAAUAUAUAUCAGCUUUCUUUCGUGUCAUAUGGGACUAUGUUGGAACACCGUGAGUUACAACUCUGCUGCUACUCAACGAUGUCACGGCCCUCAUGAUGUCUCUGUGGCACAUGCUGAUUAGCUUAAACAUUUGGAGUAACAACAGGACAUGUUUUCUUUCUCUGCACCAAUGUGUCUGCACAUGUAAGUGGUAUGGCGUUUAAACGACAGACGAGACUCUUUCGCCAUAAUCUUUUGUAUUAUAGUUGUAAUGCUGAUGAAUGUCCUUUAUGAAGCAUUAUCUUCCUCAAAGCUGUGAGAUUGUCUGCCUUGAUCCAAACACACCCAGUGUCAGCCACUCCUUGGACAGGCCUGUAGAUCCCACCACUUCUCACAAUGAUACAACUCAACCGUCCAGAAUAUUUGAGCACUGGAAGGUGUCCUAAGUGAAAACCAUUGUACUGCUUUGUAUCGCGAGUUAUCGCACUGUAGAAAUAUCUAAGUUUUGUUCAGCUUGCUCUAUAUGGUGCUACAGGAUAUCAAUACAGAGGUAAAAUCUUGCUGUACAGUACAGUAUGUAUUUGAAUGUAUGUUGUGCAAUUAAUAUAAAUGUUUACAAUAUUUUUUAUAAUACUGAAGAGGCAGAGCUCCUUGUAUGAUAUGGGUAUAAACUUGUAGGGAGAAAUGUAGCUUGAAAUUGCCCGAAACUGGUAUGUCCUUUCCUUAUUUACAUCGGAAAAGCACUUAAAGGGUCCACUGUGAAGAGAUGCGUUUAAUGGAUAAAUAGUUUACUCUGUGCCAGAGGAACAACACAACAGUGUAAUAAUUAUUGAUGUGAAUUUUAGCUAUCUGCCUUUGUUAGCUUCUUUAAUUAUAAUUUUUUCUAGCAAAGUUUCCAUAGACCUGAGCGCUGAUAGUAAUUGUGAAUAAAGUGUUGUUUGAAACUGAACGAGCCGAGUUUAAUUGUGAAAGUGCAUGGUGGUUUGUGUUCCUGUCCAGCAGGGGUCUCUGUCUGUCCAAAGGCUAACACCAGGGUAACAUCCAGUCUAUGCUAUGGGUAACAUGCUACUUAAUUUACAGCACAGUGCAAAUACAAUGGUGCACAGAGAGUUAGGCGUGAUAAUAAAGUAAAGAGUUAGGCUCCUCUGCUCUUUGACUGGAUGAGUAAAAUGAGAAUAAAUUGUAAAAUGGGAAAUGCAAGAAGUACUCGGAUAAUUUACUUAAAAGUAGUACUACUGCAGUGUAAAAAUACUCAGUUAUAAGUAAAAGUUUUGCUUUUAAAAAUGUACUUCAGUAAAAGUACAAACGUUUUUGCAUCAAAAUGUAAUUUCAGUAUCAAAAGUAAAAUUACUCGUUUUGCAGAAUGGUCAGUUUAAGCACCAUAUCUUUUUUUGGAUUGGGAGGGAUGGGAUUGAAUUAAUCCAAAAUGUUGUGUAACCUGAAUUGUCUAAUAUACUGUGUUGUAAAUUGAAGAUGUUGCAAU